AUGUCUGAAUACGCUAACAAGAAGACUCGUGGUUGCUUCAUCGCUGCCGUGUUUGCUAUGCAAGGUGUUGGUAUAUUAGCCGGAGGAGCACAUGAUGUGUGGGAGAUAGUCGAGAAAGGCUUCAUUGAACCGGAGAAUGAUGGUGGUUAUCUCAACACAAAAGUAGGUGGUUUGAGGGAUUCAAGGAAGAGAGACAAGAAGGCUCUCUGUCUAAUCUAUCAAUUAUUAUAUGAAGAUACAUUUGAGAAGGUUGCUGGAGCAAAGACAUCCAAAGAAGCAUGGGAGAAGCUUCAGACAUCUUACAAGGGAGCGGAACAAGUUAAGAAGAUCAUUGGAUUAAAAUUCGAGCAUAUCGUCACCGUGAUUGAAGAGACAAGAGACAAAGACUUGGAGACUAUGACAAUGGAGCAACUUCUUGGAUCACUACAAGCUUAUGAAGAAAAGAAGAAGAAGAAAGAAGAUAUUGUGGAGCAAGUUCUCAAGAUGAGAAUUGAUCACAAGGAAGAAAGUGGCCGAAGCAAUCAAAGACGUGGUGGCGGUCAUUUCCAUGGACGAGACCGUGGUGUAAAUGGACGAGGUUGGAGACCAUAUAAGACAAAUUCAACCAAAGAGGAGAGAACUCAUCAAGAGGUCGUGGAAGAGGAAACGCAAAAUCAAGAACGUCGUAUGGAAGAAGAUAUGUUGUUGAUGGCUUACAAGAAGGAUGAACCAAAUGAGGUUCACAAGUGGUACCUUGAUAGUGGUGCAAGCAACCACAUGUGUGGAAAUAAAAGCAUGUUCGUGGAGCUUGAUGAAUCGGUGAAAACCAAUGUGGCUUUGGGAGAUGAAUCAAGAUGGAGGUGA